AUGUCCACCAAAAAUGUCAAAAUCUUCAACUUCUGCAAAGCUAUCUGGGCUGUGCCCGUCGAACGGACUGAGCUCGCCAAAGGUGAGAAGAAGAGACUCGCUGUAGUCUUAAGGUGGGGUCAAGAGGGUGCCGAAAAGGCUAUUGAGCUGCGCCUGAAUGUUCUCCGCCACUGGCCCUUCCUCCGUCCCGGUAUGCUUGUCGGAACCUUCGCUACUAUCGCUGCCAUCGCUGCUACCAGUUCGGCACACGCUCAAGGAGGAGCACAUCGAGAAGGUGGCGCAGAUUGA